AUAUCCAGACGACAAUUCUGCCGAUGCCAUAACUAAGCUAUCAUUAUCCGCGAUGGGUCAAAUGUCAAGUGUUUGGCUUUGCACGUUAAGAAAGCUCAUGGGCUUUGUGACGCUUGCGUCACGGUCAUAAGCGCCCACUGGGAUCCCCUUUAACCUCUAAGCCACCGGUUGCUUUCUACUCCCCCUGGGGGUAAGAAAGCGGAAACCGGAUGACGCCUUAGUAAGGGGGAGUUGUACCAUCACGUUCACCGCACAUCCCGGAGAAUCUUUGGAUUCUGACUUGUGGGGUGUGAAAGAAUGGGAGACAAAGACACCGUCGAGAAGUUCCUGGACAACAACCCUCAGUUUGCCAAGGAGUACUACGACAAAAAGCUCAAGGCCGAUGUCAUCGCGGCAGCUUUCGACAACCAGGUGCAGGUCCGAGACCCGUUCUCGUACAGUGACGCCACCAUCGUACAGGAGGCGCAAUUCGUGUUCAAGCUGGUCAAGGAAUUGCAAGACGUCGGCCCGCUGGAAAAGGCCCUGCACAAAGUUCUCCAGAGGAUCGCGUUGCUGGUCCAGGCGGACCGCUGCAGCUACUACGGCUACCGGGCGCGCAACGGGACGCCCGAGCUGUCCACGGUCCUCUUCGACGUCACGCAUAACUCCCCGUUCGACAAGAAUCUGAUCGUCUUCCCCACGGACAUGGGGAUCGUCGGGUGGACGGCGCACUCCAAGAAGCCGCAGAAUAUCGCCGACGUGAAGAAGGACUCUCAUUUCAGCGACUUUGUGGACAAGCAGACCAAAUACACCACCAAAUGCCUGAUGAGUGCCCCAAUCUGGAGCGGAAAGGAUCCCAUCGGCGUCGUCAUGACGCUCAACAAGCAAGGCGCCGACGCCUUCUCAAAGAGUGACCAGGAGCUCUUCAAUAAAUAUGUCAACUUCGCAUCGGUGGCCGCCCUCCAAGGCCACACUGCUAACAUGUGGGAUGUGGAGUCCAGGAGAAGUCAGAUGUACACCCCCCCCCCGGUGCUGCUGUGGUCGGCCAACAAAGUUUUUGAGGAGCUGACGGACGUCGAGAGGCAGUUUCACUAAGCCCUGUACACGGUCAGGACGUACAUCAAGUGCGAGAGGUACUCGGUGGGGCUCCUGGACAUGACCAAAGAGAAAGAAUUCUUUGAUGAAUGGCCCAUCAAACUCGGUGAACAGGAGCCCUAUAAAGGUCCCAAGACACCGGACGACAGAGAAAUUAACUUCUACAAGAUCAUUGACUACUUGCUGGAAGACAAAGAGGAAAUUAAAGUUAUCCCCGCGCCUCCUGUGGACCACUGGGCUCUGGUCAGCUCUGUGUUCUUGGUGGAGCUCAUGAAACACGGCGAUUGUCCAUGA